AACAGUCGUGAGUCAUCCUCUUCUCCGAUCGUCUGUUUUUAUCGGCGGCUUUCUUUCUUGGGCAUCCUCAUGCGCAAGUCUCUGUCGUUUCAUCUAUAACUCCCUGUUUUUUGGUGAAAUUUGAUUCCUUUGUCCUGUUCUAAGCCGAAACUUGUCUGCAGAAUUGUUUCAUAAAUACGACGAAGAUGGUUGAUGAUAAUAGUUGCAAUAGUAGGAAGAGAAUCAUUACUGAAGGCGACAUCGCCACUCUUUUGCAGAGAUAUGAUAUGAAGACGAUACUGAGACUGCUACAGGAGAUGGCUUAUUAUUCCGAAAUCAAGAUGGACUGGAAUGAGUUGGUGAAGAAGAGCACUACCGGAAUCACUAAUGCUAGAGAGUACCAGUUGCUAUGGCGCCAUCUUUCUUAUCGGCAUCCUCUCCUCCAUGUGGAAGAUGAUGCUCAACCUCUGGAUGAUGAUAGUGACAUGGAGUGUGAAUUGGAAGCUUCCCCUGCAGUCAGCCAUGAAGCAUCAGUGGAGGCUAUUGCGCAUGUCAAAGUGAUGGCUGCUUCAUAUGUUCCAAAUGAGUCCGAUAUACUCGACGAUUCAACAGUUGAGGCUCCCUUGACUAUAAACAUACCUUAUGUUCUGCCUGAGGGUUCUCAGGAACCAUCAGAGUCUCCUUGGUCGUCAAGAGGGAUGAAUAUCACCUUUCCGGUCUGUCUUCAGAAAGUUACAUCUACCGAGGGGGUGAAUGGAAAUGGUUCAGCUGGUAAUAGCAUGGUUUUUCGGAAGAAAAGAAAAAAAUGGUCUGCUGAGGAGGAUGAGGAGCUGUUCGCCGCUGUUAAGCGAUGUGGUGAAGGGAACUGGGCUCAUAUCGUUAAGGGAGACUAUAGAGGAGAGAGAACCGCCUCCCAACUCUCGCAGAGGUGGGCGCUUAUAAGAAAAAGGUGUGAUACUUCGACCUCUGUUAGCCAAUCUGGCCUACAACCAACUGAAGCGCAGAUAGCAGUUAACCAUGCAAUAUCUUUAGCUCUGGGAAAUCGGCCCCCUUCAAAAAAGCUUGCAAUAGGUGUUAUGCCAACGACUUCAUCUUGUAGCAUCACAGAACCGGAAGCUAAUGGGGGCAGUUCUUCUCAAGGUCAACAACAGUUCAAACCAAUUGUUCAAGCAUUGCCUCGGGCAGGAACAUCACUUCUGGUUUCAAAAUCUCGAGUUGUUAAGAAAUCAACAGCAAGCUCCACUUCCAGAUCGAAUCUUAUGGUAACAGCUAAUUCAGUAGCUGCAGCUGCAUGCAUGGGUGAUGUAUUGACUGCUGCAUCAAGACCAAAGGUCGAACCUGGAAAAACUGAUGCUCCACUAGUGCCAAAGACUAAACCUGUAAAAAAUGCUUCUACAGCCUGCAUGCCUCGGCCCUCAGGUAGCCUCUCCAUGCCAAAGGUUGAACCAGGAACGAGUGUUGCGGCCUCUAGUAUCAUUAAAGCGGUUGGACCUGCGAAUAUGCGGCCUCUAGCUUAUGGAGAAUUGAAACCUGUGACGGCUUCAUCAUCCUCGAACAAACUUCCUCUCAUGGCUCCUCGUUCAGAAGGAUCUACAAUGCUUUCUGCUUCUGCCCCCUUGGCUUCUCCAUCGAGGAUUGUCUCCAAUCAGAGAGUUUUUGCAGCCUCUGUCCCAGCUACUGUAUUACAACCAAAGCCAACUGCAGAGACUGUCACUUGCAAACCAGAUGGUGGACAGAAAGGGCAAGCUCGGGGCAAUGAAGCAAGCUCAUCUGCUGCAAUCCAGCCACAUCAAAUGACCUCAAUAAACUCGGAGAUUAGCCAGGGAAAGCAGGCUACACAGGCUCAGUCCCCUAAUCUCUUACCUAGGAAAGUUCCAGUAGUUCGGGCUGCAGUUCACUGUGCUACUAACCAUAAGUUGGUGGAUAAACCAUCUGAUAAAACUGUAGUACCUAUCAGAGGAGCUGGUUCGCAAUCUAAAGCCAAAGAUGAAGUAAACAGUAAGGUUGGUCCGGCAAUUAAAGUGAGUAGUGUAUGCGGAAAACCUCUUGAGGUUGCAACUGUGGCCGGGACCGGACAGGGUGUUUAGUUCUUUGACAUAAUCGUCGGAUACUUUAUUUU